CGCGCGCCAAUCUUGCCUCCACCAUCGUGAACAAUUUAUACAGGCAGUCCAAUAAUUCGGUGAGGAAAGGCAGGAUACUCCGUCGUGUUCUUCUAGAUUUAAAAAAUAAGUGGCCAAAAGAAUUUCAAAUAAUCAUUGUUCUAUGGUUCUGUGGUGCCGCUGAAACUACUGAGAAAAGAGCAAAAGCCUCUAAAAUGUGAGAGAAGCGUGGACAAUUUGUUGAAUUAAUCAAUAUCCUGAGUUUAUUGGUAAAUUUCCUGAAUUGGGGAAAUUGAGUUGGAAAUUUGCGGUGAAUUUCUGCGUUUUGCGUGAGCUCAGAGGUUUUCUAGGUAUCACACGAGCUUCUAUAUUGUUGAAAAGUGAGUGACUUAAAAACGUGCUUGGGAUUUUUGCACUUAGGAAAGCCCCAGUGCCGACAAACCAGCUGAAAAAGUUCUGAAGAAACCGUUCCAAAGGCGAGCAGAACCGCGCGUGUGUGGGCUUGAGAGUGUGUUCCGCGUGUUGUCGACAAGACAAUAAGACACAUUACUCCUUGAGGAGGGUGCUCUUUUAUCGACUACUCUAGAGGAGUUGGAAAACUCCCGUAGUGGGACCACUUUAAUAGUUUGCUGUUUCCAUGUGCAUCGAUAGUGAAGAAAGUAUGACGAAAGAGCGCGUAGCAGUUUUGUGAGGCAGUUUCUUUCAUAUUUUGAGUGUCUUUUUGAUUUCUCUCUGUGCAAUUUCUACCUAGAUUCUCUCUAUUGUUCCCGGAAAAUAGUUUUUGACGAUGAAAAGGUGUGCAAAAGGAGUGGUUAUUGAAAAUUCUCACAGGCCUAAUGAGAAUUUCCCACCGAAAAUGGCGCGCGAGCCAUGAUAAGAAAGUUGUGAGUGCAAAACUCACCAGGCGCCUCCAUUGUACAUGUCUGAAGAGCUGUUUUAGGCGUAGUUUAGUAAAUAUUUCUAGAGAAUUGAUAUAAAAAAUUUUGAGGAAGGAGAUAUUUAUGGUGUAUGAGAAUUGCUUAACAAGAAUUUAUGCGAAAGCGUGCCCACAUUGUCAUGAUGAUGGCGUAAAAGAGCGCCAAGGAAGGACAUAGAUUCACUGCCAAACAUAAUUGUGAGCUGCGUGGGAGACUGAAGGAAUGCAGGAGCAACCGGAGUGUACGAGCAAGAAGCAAAAGCGAUUGGGACCAGCUCCCAUCGCUUCGGUGGAGGAUAUUGGGUCGUCGGAUGAGGUGAGGCAAAAAAUGGAGAGUAGUGGUUCGGGGGAAGGACGUUUGCCCGAAAUACGAGAACACCCAGCGACGUCGAGUGGAAUGCCAGGAGUUGGUAGUGCGACUACAUCGAGGGGUGGACCUAAUUUAGGAGUUGGCAUGUCGCAUCCCACUCCAAGAAUAGACAUCAGUCGAGCCUCGAGUUCUUCCCAUCAGGACAGUCGCGAUAGCAGCCCGGAAAAUGUCUUUGAACAGAUCGGCACGGGAACACUGCAAGAGAGCGCUCCUUUUGGGUUGGGCUUCGGUGAGGAUGGAGCCUUGGAAUUGCGAAGCUCCACGGAGGAGCUGUACUUCAUGGAGCCGGAAAAGGGCAUGACUGAACGUGAAAAACCAUCACAACAGGGCGCCAGCCAGUCCCCGAUCAUGUUCAAGUUUGAUGAGCAGCAGCAGGCGUGCUUGCAGCAGAAUCAGCGCAAGGAUUCUGCCAGCUCCGAAGUGGCUGCCUUGCUAUGCAUUUCUGGACGCACGAGUCGAAUCUCGAGUGUGGGCAGUCAGGGAUCAGCCGCGAGUCGGCUAUCAGCUGUCUCGGGGGUGUCUCGGUCACCCUCACCCCAUCGAAUGCUCUUGGAGACCUCUUUCUGCGGUCCUAAACCCCUAGAUGGGGCGCUCGAGGGUGGGAUCGUGAUGAGCACUGAGCCACCAACAGUGGAAACUUUGGAGCACAUCAUUCUAGCACGGAAGCAAGAUCCUACGCAGGCAGUUCUCGCGGAGGGCAUCAAGAUCGACCUAUCCACGCCAAAGAAAUCCAAUGGAACAAUCAUUGAGUCCACAGCGAAGCGAAAAGAGCCCUUUAGGACAACUCCAGGAGCCGGAGGAAGUGUCAUUAGGGGCGCACUGGCGAAGAAAACUGCAGCUGCGUUUGGGAGACGUGAGCCACCCAAGGCGAUCCUUGGCGUCACGAAGAGUGGCACUGAGUAUAUAAGAAUCAAACUCAAGCCAGACCAUUUGUACCAGGACAAUGGACUGGCAGAGAACGAGACUGUGAUUGAUGCUCCACUCUCGGAGGUGCUCAAGAAACCCCUAUCACUGAGCCUCAAGCCACAGGAGACGAAGCGCACUGAUGAGAUCUCGCGUCAUCCUGAACAGAAAGCUUUGGCCUCACCAAAGCCCGCAAGACACACUGCCCUCGCGAGAGAUUCUGGAAGUCGCUCACCUUCGCCGGCUACCGUGACAAUCUCACGCAAGAGUUCCUUCUGCUCGCUGUUUAAGACCAAAGAAGCCGCAGGAAGCCCAGAGUCUCCGACGAUUUUCCACCGGAAAAAGAGCAAAGAGCCCGACGAUGUGACAACACCAAGUCGCUCUCGCAGCAAAAGUGGCGACCGAGGAACCCCAGUGCAGGCCUCAGUGACGCCCAGCAAGCAGAAAUCCGUGCUGGCCAUCUUCAAGCCACGACGCAGUGGCUCCAAGUCCAAAUCCACCUCACCCGUCGAACCAGACCCCAUGUCGGGUAUCGAAAUGACCAAUGUGGAGUUUCAGUUUGAUGCCACCGGACAGCCGCCACGACCAAAGAGCAAACUUCGGUACUACGACACACCACUCGACGGCACUACUAUUCACAUUCCUCUCCACACGCCCCCGGACGAGAAGGACGAUUUCCGAGCACUACCAUCGCAGCCUCCGCUUAUCACAUCUGCUCCUAAGCCCAAUUAUGAAUCCAUCCAUCCAGCUCCACUGCCAGAGAAACCAAAGGACGCGCCGAAGUCUCACCGAAUCGAAUAUCCAGACGGCAGUAUUCGUAUACCACUGCACUCGCCCACAGAAGAGAAGGAGCGAGAGAGUCUCUGGAGUGUCGAAGCUCAGCGUCACAGCAGUCAGGAAAGCCAGGAAACAGUGAUUUCCACGCAAGUAGCACUCGAGAGACCGAGGAAGGCAUCCAAGCCGUCACUGACGGACACUGAACCUCUUCCUGUUGUGGAAAAUGGUUUGGUGAUUGGCGCGGAAAUACCUUCUGCGCCAUCCGCUCCGCCCCCAACUCCCGCUUCUGCGACGGUGGGUGUCAGAGAGAAGAAGCAUAUUGUGUUCACGACGAAGAUCGGCAGUGGCAGUGAGGAGCAACUUUUCUGCACGCAGUUCAGUCUCUCGAAGACUGAGAGCCUAUCGAGCCAACUGUCUGAGCAGGCUUCUCAAAUGGAGAGUCCCAAGGAAGCCCAGAAAUCGGAUAGCAUGAGGCGCGAGGAGACUCCUCCGAAGCUAAUAAUGAGACGGCAGAAGGACUCUUCUGGGGAGAGUGGAAGAAAAUCCAAGAGCAGCAGUCAAUCAACAGAGUCCAUCAAAGAAGAACCCGUGGCCACGCAGUGUUCAGUAACGUCAGUAACAGUCCAGAUGCCACAACAAUCAAAGUUGCGUGAGGAGGCCAUUAACACCCACAGACAUUCGCGGUAUAUUGAGAAUAUUGAUCAAAUCAUGGAAGAGCAGAGGAAAAUCCACAUGGCUAUGCAGCAGAGCAAGAGACUCGAUCCACAACCUGAAGAGGAAGUCACAAAACCUCAAGAGACCUCAAAACCAUCUUCCACUGAGGAACCCCUGAAAGAUGAGAGUGUGAAGCUAGAGAGUAAGGUGGAAGAAAGUGUUCAGAAGAAAGCGAGUCCUAGAUUGGAAUCCCUUCGAGGUUCCUCUGAGAGUGAUCGAGAAGACGGCACAGAUGCCACGGAGAUUCGUGGAAAGCAUCAUCUCACGCGGAGUAUUGCUGAGGACCACGAGAGCGCAGGACUCGUGUCCCAGGAGUCAUACGACGACGAACUGCCCUAUGUGCCCACCACACUGCCCGAGGAGCGCUCCAUGGGUGUGACCAUUAUUCCUGUGAAAGAGCGCGCUCACAUGGAGCUACGCAUGUGCCCUGUCGAGCGGCCUCGCUCCACCACCCCAAUCAAUCCGAGUUGCCUCGAGGAAUACUGCGGCACCCCCGGAGCCGAAACCCCCGAGCCACCCACCCCGAAGCUCCGAAUAUCCUUGCCACGCCGCGAUUCCCGCGGAGAGAUCAAGGGGUGCAAGUCCAAGUCGCCACGCCGCAUCUCUACCCCGUCCGGAAAAAGCUGGUUCGAAUUCGCUGAGCAGGGCAUCAAGGGCGUUGUUGGUGAGGGCUCCAGAAGGAGCUCAGGGCAGCCAGAUGAUGACACACCUCCGCCCCCAUUGCCGCCGCGCAAGGGUCAGGCACCAACGCAAUGGAUUAACUUUGAGAACAUCCCGGAGAAGAGAAAACCACCCAAGAGGAUAACCACCCUGCCCGGUGCCAAAGAUUCAAGGAGUGGAACUCCACCGCAGCCUGUGCAGUACAACUACGUGAAUCCCGAGGAGUGUCAGUGUGAGUGUCACGAGUCAGAACGAGAUGGAGGAUCCGUAUCUAGGCCAGCGGAUUCAGAAGAGGACGAGCAAGCAUUGCCCGAGGACGCGCAACCGCUCCUGGACGAAGGCGAACCGGCCGAUGCGGAAGGAAUUAGCGAUUCCACGAUGGAUCGUCUUUUGUCCGGUAGCCGCUCUUCUGGAUCCGGCAGGCCUUUCACUCGAAAGUAGGAUCAAGAGUAAACAUGGGAAUUGAUAACAUUUACUGUGUAAAGAGAAGCUAAUUUUUGUGGAUACAUCACCAUUUGAGAACUUCUUCAGUGCUUUUUGGAAGCUUUUACUAUCAAACUUCAUCUGUGAAUGUGCAUUCUUUUCCGUGCGAUAAACGCCAUAUUUCUACAUGGACAUUUAAUUUGUGAGAUAUUUGAAGGAGAUAAAGAGUAAAUAUCUGUGAUCCGUGACAGAAUAAUCCUGAGUCCAUCCUGAGAAAUCCCUUAGAAAAAGAAGAAAUUCACACAAAACACACAUUGUACACAAAGUCUCGUCAUCUGCUUCAAAAAUACUCAUCUUCACAUUUAUUUCACGUCCUUUUCUUCUCUUCUGAAUAGCAAUACAAAAAGAAAAUCUUUAAUGUAAAUUGAACUAAAUAAUUAAAAAUUAAUAUUCAUGUUGUAGGGUAAAUUAAGGAAAAAAAAUCUGAAUAUUAACACUUAUUAAAAGGAUAUCAUGCGGAAAUUCCUUUUUUAGAUAAAUUUUUAUUAAAAGUAUAAUGGGAAAUUUUUAAGUUUAUCGGACACAAUCAUAAUAAAAACUCCUAAAAGUAAUUGUGUAUAAAGAAAUUUAUCUGACAAAGUUAGGAAAAUUUUACAAAAUUCACUCUCUUUCGAUAUCUUAUCUUUAUCUCUGAAUGUGCAGCAUUGGCGCAAGAAGAAAGUAAAAUCACAUCAAUAAAAAGGAUUAACUAAGAGAUAAGAAAGAAAUUAUCAUGAAAAAUGUGCAAUAAUUCUACUCUCUGAAGUAUUAAAUGACGAUUUGUAUUAUUAAGGGAUGUCAUUGAAUCUUUGAAACAACAAUUUUAAAAAAGUAUAUAUUGAAAACGACGUUAUUUAUAUGAUGAAAAAAUCUUAUGAUUGGGGGAAAAUUUUUUAGAUAAUGACAAAUCAAUUAGGAAAUUAUGCUAUUUUAACCCUCUGUUGUUUCUCAUCGUUCGACGAGAAGAAAAGCAUGAGACGCCCAGUACUUAAAAUUAUCUGCUGAAUCGCUUAUCAUUUUAAUUAAUUCACAAAUAAACAAGUAUUAUACUAAGCAUUUGAUGAAAACAGCAUCGUGCAAUAAAUGUUCAUCGCGACGUUUCUCCUCGAUGAGAAAAAAAGACCCACACUGGAA